GUUCUAAGCAACAGUGUCGAAGAAGAGUUGCCGGAUUUUGUAGCCGCACGAAACUGCCACUCUAAAUAGUUUUUAUAAACAAUGUCCAAACAAUAUGGCCUUAUCAUCCCGGGGCAGCAGAAGAAGGUCCCCGUUAAGCCGCCCGUAAAGCCCUCCAUUUUCGACGAGAGCAGCGCUUCUGAGAGCGACGACGACCGCAAUGCGCCACAAAAUUUAAAAUCGAAAACCGGCGUGUCCAGCGGACCCAGCCUAAUGGAGCGUCGCGUGGCCCGUAAGCAGCAGGAGAAGGCCCUCGCCGAGGAUCCCACAAUUUUCCAGUACGACGAGCUCUACGACGACAUGGACAACAAACGUGAAGAGGCCAAGCAAACGAAGAGCCAGGAGCCCCGGAAACCCAAGUACAUCGGCCGACUGAUGGAGCAUGCCGAGCGCCGGAAGCUGGAGAAGGAGUUGCGCAUCGAACGGCAGGUGCAAAAGGAUCGCGAGGCCGAGGGCGAGAUGUACAAGGAUAAGGACACCUACGUGACGGCCGCCUAUCGCAAGAAGCUCGAAUCCAUUCGCCAAAUGCAAGAGCAAGAGCAGCGGGACGAGUACCUCGAAGCUAUCGGGGAUGUAACCAAGCAGAAGGAUUUGGGCGGCUUCUAUCGCCAUCUCUACGAACAAAAACUGGGCAACGCCGACGAGGAUGUGGUGAAGCCAAAGACGGCGCCCUCCACCGAAGAGGUUGCCUACAAGCCGAUCAAAGCAGAGGCGGCUAAGCACCGCAGCUAUCGGCGACGUCGCUCCUCCGAGGAAGAGGCGGAGGCCAAGGCCAAGUCUGGCCAGGAUUCGGAGACCAAAACCUCGACAGAUCAGACGGAAAGCAAGCCGGCACAGGCUCAUCUGGCCAACAACAUAGAUGCCGAUUCCGAUUUCAGCAUAGACGACUCCAGCGACGAAGAGGAGGAGAAGAAAAAGGAUCAGGAACAGGAUAAGAGCAAGGAUAAACUGCACUCGCAAGGCAAAAAGAAGGAAAAGGACAAGCCGCAGGAAAGUUCGAACGAAACUGAACCCAAGGAACCAGCGCAAGCGAAUAAAUCACCAGGUAAAAAGGAAGUUUCCGAUAGCGAACUUGAGGAGAAGGACCUGCCAGUGCCAAUAGUCACCAAACCUCCGGUGGAUCGCACUCUCAUCUGGCGCAAGAGGACGGUGGGCGAGGUAUUCGACGCCGCAUUGGCUCGCUACCAGGAACGCAAGCGAGCCCGACAGGGCUAAAACGCAUCCAAUUAAAGUUCGAGUAGAUGGAAAAACAAACCACUGAUUUCUGUAUUGUCUCCUUAUUAUGCUAAUUUCAAUUUGUCCCAUGCUCAUACAUUAUUUAUGUGUAUGCCAACGCUCUUGGCGAAACCCUUUUCGGUGCAAAUAUUUUGCAUAAGUUGCAACCGAGUUCCCCAGCCCGUCGUCUUCCACUUUUCAUCUAAAACAGUGAGCAGAGGAAGAGAAAAAAAAAGAGAGAAAUGGGUAAGAAGUACAAGGCAUGACGGAUGGAACCGCAGGAAAAGUGGGGGAAAUGCACUGGAGGAUGAGGAAGUGCCUGAAGGAGCAGAACGCGAAGAUAUUCCAUUUAUUUUGUAUGACGACGACGACACGACGACAAGUAGAAGAGCCAAAAAAAGGAACUAGGACUAGCUUAGAGAAACGAAUUCGCGAAUACCCUUGCAGGUCAGUGAUUUCUAGCUUUCAAUUUGGUUAGUUUAAUAGUUGGGAUAGUGAAGUGGGCUAUAAACUUGGUUUUCGAAAUACCUUCAUAAUAUACAGAACGCAUACUUUCAAUUUGUGCCUUGUGGCAUCUCAAGAGAUCUACUUAGUCUUACUGACAUGUUAAUCCCGAUACAACUACAUGACUUACCGAUCGAAAUCCGAAAAAAAGUCCAUGCCACGUUGUAAAUAAGAACCCGCGCUGGGCAAAAAUUCAUCCCUAUUGAUUUUAUAGUCUCGGACAAAUCCGCGUUGAGGCAGACAGCUUAUGCAGAAAUGACUUUUUAGGUUCACAAAUAUCUCGUUCACUGAGCCGGAAACUCCUAAUCCAAGUUCUAAUACCCUCUGCAAGGGUAUAAAAACGGAAAGGCACCGAGAAACUUGCCAAACGCCCAAAUAACAAAGAGCCAACUUGGCGUUAGUUUAUUUUUUCGCUAUCCUUUUUGUUUUUGCAACAUUGUUGUUGCUUCAUUUUGCCGCAAAUGCUGGGAAAUCCUUUUGGAAAAUAGGUGUGCCCGCGCCAUAAAAGCGAAAACCAAUGGUGCACGAGGAGGAGGGCGAGGCGGGGGACGUCGCGAAGGACCCAACCGGGAAAGGAGGACGGAGGGCGGAGGGCGCGGGUAGCACGCCUGACAUGGUUAGGAUCAGUGAUGGACAGUGUCUAGGCGGCAAUAGGUACUUAUUCAAAGUGCAAGAGUUUGAGACAUAAUAAUGCGACCAGAAAUUCUCGAUCAGAAAAGGUCUGUUUGGUUAUAUUAAAACUAAAGAAGCCAAUUUUCUAGAUAAUAAUAAUAAUUUGAUAAUAAUUUUAGCUAAACUAAAUAUAGUUAUGUUAAAGAACAAGACAAAAACUGUUGAACAAUAUUCCAGUUCAAUUAAAAUGUAUUAACUAAUUAAAAGACCUUUGAGUUGGUCAUUUAUUGUCAAUUAAACUAUUCCAUAAAUAAUAAUUUCUAACAUGAAACCAUCUCUUUUGGCUUGCCCAUUAUAAAAUAUUUGAAAAACAUCGAUCCCAUUGCCUAUUUAAGUUAGUUGGAAACUUUUUCUUAUCUUAAGUACCUAAUACUUUGGUACCCUCAUCAUAACUUUUGGCUAGCCCAUAAUAAACCGUUCAUAUAUUAUA